AUGUUCACCACAUGCAUACACGGUUCUGAUUCCAAGAUCCACUGCAAUGAGAAAGACAAGCAAAUCCUUUUGAACUUCAAAAAUGGAGCCAUAGAUCCAUCAGGCCUCCUCUCUACAUGGUCUUCUCAACAAGAUUGCUGCCAUUGGUAUGGAGUUUGUCUCUCGGGUGACAUCCCCAUAUCUUUGUUGCAAAUGGAAUUUUUAGAACACUUGGAUUUGAGUAACCAUGAUUUCUUAGCUAUGACAUAUAAUUCCAUGAAUAGUCCAAGUUGUCAUAACCUUUCAUUAGGUAAUCUUCCUUAUCAGUGUGAAAACUCUUCAAGUCUUCAUUACCUUGAUCUAUCAGGUAAUUUAAACAUUCUAAUUCACAAUUUGGAAUGGCUUUCUAGUGCUUCCUCAUUGAAAUAUAUUGACCUUAGUGGUAUUGAUCUUCGCACGGAAACUAAUUGGGUCCAGUUAAUGGCUAUGCUUCCAUCAUUGUCAGAGUUGUACUUGGUUGAUUGUCAUCUUGAUAACAUGAGUCCUCUUCAUUUUGCUAAUUUUACUGCACUUGAAGUUCUUCAUCUUUCCGUGAAUGCAAUUCACUCAGAGGUGCCUAAUUGGUUAUUCAAUCUUACUUGUGAUAUCUCUUAUAUUUACCUAGACAAUAAUCUUUUGAGAGGUGAAUUACCUAAGGCAAUGCCAAAUUUUCAAGUCUUGAAAUACUUGGUUUUGUCUAACAAUGAUUUAAAUGGACCAAUUCCAGAUUGCUUAGGUAAACUUGAGCAUCUCACAUACCUUGAUUUUUCUUCAAACUUAUUUUCUGGACCUCUUCCUAUAAAUUUGGGAAACUUGUCAUCUUUAGUUGCCUUAAAGGCCACGUCUAACUACUUUACAGGAGUUGUGUCUGAAAAACAUUUCACAAAUCUAUCAAAUUUAAAGUUCUUGUUUGUGGAAUCACCAGACAUCAUCUUUGAUUUUGACUUACAUUGGAUACCUCCUUUCCAACUUGAUGGUGUAUUUUUGGGUCCUGUUGGCCCUAAAACUCCUCAAUGGUUGUAUACACAGACAUCUCUCAAGUCCCUUGGUUUUGCGAACUCAAAAUUUUCAUUUGAGACUGGAGACAAGUUUUGGAGUUUUGUAUCCAAAAUUGAACUUCUCCAAUUGGUGGGCAACUCAAUAGAUGGGGACUUGUCAAAUGUGUUGCUUAAUUCUUCUUUCAUACAACUAUCAUCAAAUAAUUUGAAAGGUGGUCUCCCUAGAUUAUCAUCAAGUGUACGCGUUUUCAUGGUAGACAACAACUCUCUAUCAGGAUCCAUGGUUCCCCUUUUGUGCCAUGACAUGGACAGAAGAAGCAAUUUGGAGUACUUGGACAUGUCCAACAACAAAUUAUCUGGAGGGCUUACAGAUUGCUGGACGAAUUGGAAAUCGUUGCUUCAUAUCAAUCUAGGAAACAAUGAUCUGAGUGGCAAGAUUCCCCCAUCAAUGGGAUUGUUGGAAAAUCUUACAUCACUCCAUUUGCAUGAGAAUAAUUUCUCUGGAGGCAUACCUCUCUCACUACAAAAUUGCCACUCCUUGUUGAUCCUGAAUAUAACAGAAUCUCAGGACACAUACCAAGCUGCAUAA